AUGAACACUUGUAAUCAAAUAAAACGCAACGAUAUGCUUAUAUAUCUCUUAAAUUUACCUGAUCACCAAAUUGUCAACGCAUCUGAACUUCUUCAAACGAUGACUUAUUCUCAAGGAGAGCGUAAAGAGAAAUAUUUUCAACCUAUUUACAAAAAAAGGCAUAAUCGGUGUUUAAAAAAAAGACAUAAGUCUUUUCGUUCACUUUCUGUAAAAGUAGCAAGAGCUAAACAAUUUAAGAAAACCAAAAUUUCAAAAAUUUGGGCUUCUAUUCGUAAAGCAACUAAGAUUCGUCCUGCUCAAUUUCAACAAGAAGAUAAACCUCAAUAUGUGCAAUGGUAG